AUGUUCUUACUGACCAAGAGGAGUUCGGUGUGUAGGAGUCUUCUCCCCAAAGAGGUGACGUGGUAUUCAUUGAGGAGUAUUUCAUCAGGCUCAAAGGACGAUGAGAAAGGCCACCAUGACAAGAAUGUAGAUGCAGAGAAAGAGAUCACAGAUAAGGAAACCCCGGGAAAAUUGGAACUUCCAAACUAUGAGCAGCUGGCCUCGAGAGUUCUUAAUUCCAAACAGAAAAAGAUCCAUCGAAAGAGUAAUAGAACCCUCUUGCUCCCGCGAGUGAAUUCGACGGAUCAUCUUGGGCAGGAUGAGGUCCAAACAGAAGGUCUUUUCGCAGGAUACAAGCCCUUGUUUUUGGGCAACUCCUCUAUUGACAUGAAAACUCCAGAGCUUUUGGAUGGGCUUUUCAGUUCUCUGACAAAGAUAAAGAAGGCGACAGACGAUUCAAAGAAUGGAGAGAUAGAUGUUCAAGAUAUACUGGAGGACAUGCAGAAAAGCGAACCACUAAAUGCUUCAAUGAGAUAUGAAAGUGGAAAGAAACCUAUAAUACCUUGGGAUGCCUCCAUAAGUGGAAUGAUGUAUAAUGAUCAACCUUUCAAAGGUGUUCCCCGAACAAUAGUAGGAAAGCUGAAGCCAUUCAAGUUAAUGAGGAUCGAAAAGAAAAGCAAACCUAAAAUAAAGGCCCACGAAAUGAUUAAAAUGCAAGUGUACAAUUCAAAAAUCAAUGAUGAACCCGAAAUGGUUGAUAUGUUUCAAAAAAGCUCUUGUAAAUCAUAUCACCCAAAUAAAACCACUGUGGCUGCAAGCGCGCAGAGAAAACAUUACAUGGAGAUGACCAAUUAUGCACUCAAGUUCAAAUUUGUCAAGAGUGACCGUCAUGUUUUCAAGACAGAUGUCGAUAAACUGAAUAGGUUUCUUGCCAAGGAAUUCCAUAAACUGACGAAACUCACGAUUCACUCACAGUUUACCGAAUGUCAACUUCCAUUGUAUAUCUAUGUUGACAAGUCGAUUUCAUCGAAAAAUGUUUUUCAGAACUUUUUAAGGAAGCGAAUUAUGAAUCACAUUGAGCCACUUCUCACAACUAUAUUGUCCAGCUAUGAUACCGAAGAGCAGGCUCGAAAAUUCAAGUUUAGAGUCAUGAUCAAAGUAAACACGAUAGUUAAGGAUCUGUCUGAAUAUCUACCAUCUGUUUAUUUUACAGGGGACGUAAUUGACUGUAUUUUGCAUCCAAGUCCCAUUUUAGGAUUCGGCAGAAUACAUUGGCUGAAGCCGACAAAACGGCACAACGUAUUUUGGGGUAGAAAUGCAGAUAAUGACUUCGUUUUUAAUUUGAAAAAGGACUACAGAAUCACAAGAAGCGGCGUGAGGUAUAUGAAAUACCCCAUAAAUUUGCACUGGAAGACCUUUGGUGAUGCCUUCACUGAAUGGGAUUAUUUCACAUAA